AAGGCGGCGUGCGCGCGUCCGUGCCGUGGUGGGCGUGGCCGGGGCGGAGACGCGAGGAGGGGAGCAGAGAACGCGCUGGCGGAGAGGAAUUCCGGCUUCUUUGCCUCCUCGCCCUACUUUGGUUUACCUGCCGCCGCCUAGUCCUCUUCGCCUCCUUCUCUUUGAUGAUUCGGGUCCUCGGCUUCCCUCACGAUAUUGCAGAAAGACACGGCUUUCCUCUUCCUCUCCAAACCACCUCGAAGCAGGGACGUCAUCAGAAUAUUAUUUGAAGAAAGUGUCAUGGAAGUUCUGCGUCCACAGCUUAUAAGAAUUGAUGGCCGGAAUUACAGGAAGAAUCCAGUCCAAGAACAGACCUAUCAACAUGAAGAAGAUGAAGAGGACUUCUAUCAAGGCUCCAUGGAGUGUGCUGAUGAGCCCUGUGAUGCCUGCGAGGUGGAGCAGACCCCACAAGGAUUCCGGUCUACUGUGAGGGCCCCCAGCUUGCUCUAUAAGCAUAUAGUUGGAAGGAGAGGGGACACUAGGAAGAAAAUAGAAAUGGAGACCAAAACUACUAUUAGCAUUCCUAAACCUGGAGAGGACGGGGAAAUUGUAAUCACUGGCCAGCAUCGAAAUGGUGUAAUUUCAGCCCGAACACGGAUUGAUGUUCUUUUGGACACUUUUAGAAGAAAGCAGCCCUUCACUCACUUCCUUGCCUUUUUCCUCAAUGAAGUCGAGGUUCAGGAAGGAUUCCUGAGAUUCCAGGAGGAAGUACUGGCGAAGUGCUCCAUGGAUCAUGGGGUUGACAGCAGCAUUUUCCAGAAUCCCAAGAAGCUUCAUCUCACUAUUGGGAUGUUGGUGCUUUUGAGUGAGGAAGAGAUCCAGCAGACAUGUGAGAUGCUGCAGCAGUGUAAAGAGGAAUUCAUUAAUGACAUUUCUGGGGGUAAACCCCUAGAAGUGGAGAUGGCAGGGAUAGAAUACAUGAAUGAUGAUCCUGGCAUGGUGGAUGUUCUUUACGCCAAAGUCCAUAUGAAAGAUGGCUCCAACAGGCUGCAAGAAUUAGUUGAUCGAGUGCUGGAACGUUUUCAGGCAUCUGGACUAAUAGUGAAAGAGUGGAAUAGUGUGAAACUGCAUGCUACAGUUAUGAAUACACUAUUCAGGAAAGACCCCAAUGCUGAAGGCAGGUACAAUCUCUACACAGCGGAUGGCAAAUAUAUCUUCAAGGAAAGAGAAUCAUUUGAUGGCCGAAAUAUUUUAAAGUUGUUUGAGAACUUCUACUUUGGCUCCCUGAAGCUGAAUUCAAUUCAUAUCUCUCAGAGGUUCACCAUAGACAGCUUUGGAAACUACGCUUCCUGUGGACAAAUUGACUUCUCCUGAGGUAGAUCUUGGAAAGCACUAGAAACUGAACAUCCUCACCAGGUGCUGAAGAAAAGUGUCUUCGUUUUAAUUGCCAAGCAGAGAUGUGGACAUUUGGAUGGUGACUUUCCUGGGUGGUGCCACAUAGAUUCACCAUUGCCUCUAAUGGUGUCUACAGCCAUCACACUACCAGCCGAGAUGGUGGUGGGCAUAAGGAGAAUUUGUGCCUAUAACCCUUAGUGUGUUCUGUUUUUUUUUUCUUUUAAUUUUUAAAUUGUGGUAAAAUACUCAUAAAACAUACUGUCUUCACCAUUUUUAAGUGCACAGUUCAGUAACAUUAACUGUUAAUACGUUCAUAUUGCUGUGCGGCCGUCGCUACCGUCAAUCUACAUAGGCUUCUCAGCUUGUAAAAUGGAAACUGUACCCGUUAAACAGUAAUUCCCACUCCUCCCAGCCCCUGCAGCCACCAUUCUGCUUUCUGUCUCUCUGGUUUUGACUAUUCUCAGUAUCUCAUAUAAGUGGAAUCAUAGAGUGACUUGUCUUUUUGUGACUGGCUUAUUUCACUUAGCAUAAUGUCCUUAAGGUUCAUCCAUGUUGUGUCAGGUGACAGGAUUUCCUUCCUGUAUUAUACGUAUAAUGGAAUGUUCUGUUACAUUUGUGUACCACACUCUGUUUCUCUAUCAGUGAGCACUUGGCUUACUUCCUGUUGACCAUUGGGAGUAGUGCUAAUACAGACAAGGGUGUGCAAAUAUCUCUUUGAGACUCUGCCUUUAAUUCCUUUACCACCCAGAGUUUUAUCUUUAGCAAAAUAACUAUUAAAGUUUUUUGCCUUUUAC